AUGCGUGUUUGUGACUGUGUGUAUGUGAAUGUGUGCGUGUACGUGACUGUGUGCGUGACACUAGUGACACACACAGGAAGUUCUUUGUCGUAUCAGGAUGAAUUGGGGUACGUGACGUUAGCCAACACAAACUUCACAAACUUCACAAAUCCUACAAUUUCAAAUACACAGGACUCUGCCAAUGUGAUUGCCGAGGUAAUAUACUCGUUGCCUUUCAUCGUAAUCGUGGUUGGAGUAAUUCUGUUCUACUGGUGUGUAAGGGUACGGAGGAGGAGGAAUGAUUUGCCCUGUGAGGAAACAGGAAAUAGAUUUGAGAGAGAUAUCGACACCCAACAAAAUGAAACUGAAAUGAUGUUAGAUUAUUCUCGCAAAAACGAAAGAGAAGACAAUUCUAAGAAACUUGAUGGACAGCUCAGGGAUUACUCUAACAGACUAAAAGGACUGUAUACGGAUAUAAGAAUAUUCCUUUUUCUUUCACACAUAAGCGCACGUGUAAGUGAAACGAAAAUUGAAGAGGCAUCAGUGUUAUUGGGAGAGAAGAUCGUCAUAGAAAAUGAUUUCAAAAUGUGGGAGACGAACAAAUCGAGGUCGAUGUAUUUUUUCCGAAAUUGGGUAGAUAUAGAUAAAGAACAUUGUGUUGAUGAAGUAAAGGGAACACUUAUCGAAGUUUUACAGGCGGUCAUAAAAAGUGGUACAAAAUUUGUCAUCAUUUUACCCUUAUCAAUUUGGGAUAAAGAUCCAAUAAUACAUCAACUGAGAGACCUUCCUUACUGUAAGACAUGGUUCUGAAGAUUAAAGCGAUUCCGGGUGAUUUUAUGUGACUGAUUCUGUUUCGUCCGACUGUACUCAUCUUCGUCUAGUUGUAUUCUACAUAUAACCAGCGAUGAUCUACAGUGUCCAUGUUCUUGUUUUCUAUUCCCUCCCGCUGCAUCUCACACUUUCAGCGGUAAUUUACACUGUUCAACGUCCUACAUUCUACUCCGUCCAGUUGUACUCCACAUAAGCAGCAGUAAUCUAGUGUUCAUUUUCUGUUUUCUGUUCCCUCCAGGUGUACUUCAAAUCUUUAGCCUCCUACAUUCUACUCCGUCCAUUUGCAAUGUACCAUAACUUAACCCCGAUAGGAUAUGAACCAAUUAGAAUUAGCAUUGUAUUUAUGUAUGACGAUAAUUGUAACUUCUUUAAAUGACAAAAUAUUCACGAUCUCUCUGUUGUUAUCGAGUUUACCAUACUUUAUUGAUUUUUUAAUGUCAACUACAUGUAAGAUACCUUUUAUGAUCUUUUAAAACCACAUUUAACAUAUUUUUUUUUUUACAUAUUGCUGAUCAUGUACAAAAAACUUCAAUUUUCGAAAGAAGACUUUGAAAUCAUUUUUUGAAUUUGCGUAUCUAGAGACGAUUUUUCAGAGUUUUUCACACGAGUGAAUCCUGCUCACAGGACAAUGAAUUCAUGUUAAAAUAUUUGAUAGUGAUUAGAUAGGCGCAAACGUGAACACAUAUUUUCUUCAUUUUUAAUAGGUACACAUUUUAUUGAAUAUAUGCGUUUUUUGUGUUUUUUUUAAUUCUCGGUGUAAUCGUAUUUACCGGUAUAAAAUCAUUUUUACUCUUAAUGUUGUUAUAUGUAUAUUUGUAUUUAUCUGUUUUUUAAAAGUAAAUGGUGAAGGUAACAAACGGUGAUCAAUCUCAUAACACUUAUAAGAGAUACAACAUAAAGAGUUUGGCAAACACGGGCCACUGUACAUACCAGAGGUAGGAUCAGGUGCCUAGGAGUAAUACGCUUACAUCCCCGUUGACCGGUCGGCGGUCACACCCUCCAUAAGCCCUAUAUCUUGGUCAGGUAAAUGGAGUAAUCUGUAGUCAAAAUGAGUGUGUCAAGAACGGCCCAACAAUCGGUAUCAAACACGUCAGACAGCAUUUAACCCACUGAUAGCUUAUAUAGACAAACUAGAUCAUUUAACGACCAUAGAAUUUGCAAAAUGCUGACUUUAUACGAUACUGUUGAAACCCCUGUAACAUCAACUUGUUUGUCAGUAACCUGCCUCGAUUUAAAAACAUAUCAUACACAGAACAAGCCCUUUGCGUACCGAAACAGUUAAGAGAUAUAAACACCAUAUGCAGGUAAUAAUGAAAUAUUGCUACAUAAAUAUGGAAAGAUGACAAUGGAGAAGCUGAAUCAUUGAGUUUGUCAUAAAUUUGAAUUGUUAGUUUGCCGUUAAUAUUCAUUUUCAAAUAAAUAUUUCAGUAUGAAACAGA